CACAGCGUUACGACAGGGGUUGCUAUCAGUCGAAACUUCGGACGUUCCAGGUCCAAUACUAUUACUGACACCAGUUCUAUUCUGAAAUCGGAUUUUGUUUCUGUAGUGUCAUCACUGUAUUAUUGUUUACUUCCAGUUGUGUUAUAAAAACCACGGACUUGAGCAAACUUCUUCAGAACUGUUAUUACAUUGUGGUCGAGACAAGACUUAACUCUGUGUUAAACAUUUUAUUCUUCAAGGCGAAUUAUAUUUAUUAUUCCUCAACCGGAAUUAAAAGACAUAUUUUCAUCCUUCAAUGGCAAUGUAUCCAAACGCUACACACGGCUACAUGCCAUUCGUCAAGCCAGCUCACAAGAGACAGGCGGCCAAGAAGGCUAAAAUCGACAAAGCGGACUUGAAGCAGGCGAAGUCCAGCGACAUGAAGACCUACAAAGUCACUCUCAGAGACAAAAAUGGAGUCACUUACACUUACAUCAUUCAAGCGGACACCGCCUCCAAGAGCAACCCUGUUCUUUGCGAGUCCCGCGUCGCUGCCCCCAAACAUCUGUCCACGUCUUUACCCAACAUGAAGAGCCCGGGUCUGAGCAGCCCGGAGUCGAAAAGACACGCCAGCUGUCUCGGUUUGGCCCAGGCAAAAGAAGACCUCACCAAAGUGGACGAUGGCGAGAAAAAGGGGCUUUUCAAUUCCAUUCUGAGCUUUAUCAAGAAGAAGACCAGCAGCAAGUCCAGCAAGUCUGCUUCCAAGCAAGCGCAGGCCGGGCUCAAAUCCAAGAGAAAGACCAAACCGAUGUUCCCCAAGAAACGGCAAAGGACCAUCUCUGCCAUGUCGAACCUGGACCCGAUCCAAGAGAGUCCAGAAGAAGAUGACGAUGAGGAUUCUGAUUCGUACACCCACGAUUCUGCCAGUGACGGCAGCAUCAGUGAAUCUUGAUUUGGGUACGAAGGAAUCUGGACGAGUGUUUAGCUGCAGCGCCCGACCUCUUCCUCAUUCCCGUUUUAAAAAAAAAGAAAGUCCCUCGAAUUGGGGGAUGUUGCAGCACGAUACUUGCAACGCCUCACUCCCCGAAAGGGGAGCCGAUCUUUAAGCAAGCCCGCUGUUGCUACAGCAGUACAGCACCUUGUUGCCUUAUGACUAAACUCCUACUGAAGGGGUUUGGGAUACUGUCGUCUUCGAAGCAAGACCUCAAACGAAGGGCAGCAUAAUCUCGCUGGUCAUUUCUACAUGAAGAAAGAAACCAGUCACGUGUACUGCCUUGAUCACUCAGCCAUGAAAACUACUCUAGACAUUUUAUUGGACUUUUUUAUUGACAAUUUAGAAGAAAGAAAAAAAAAGGACUUAAAUAUCCAGGAUUAUCUUCAACCGUCGACGGAUCGGCCCGGAAUGGACCCCAAAAAGCAAUCAAAAAUUGGAACAUUUUUGGAUAUCGUUUCCUUUAGGAAUUCUCGGAAUAUACUUUCACGUGAUUCAUCAAACUCUAAUCAAGAACAUUGCUCGACAUACUGUUUUUUGAGGUGCGCCCUGUUUUGCUGCUCAUUCGAGCUGUAUUUAUUUAUUUAUCUCGAAGCCUUCAUCGGUUCGUCCCAGAUAUGAUAAACCAACGGUUCAAAAAGACUAUUUAUUUUAAUUGUGAAAGUGCUUCCAGCUUCGUCCAGUCCACUGUAUAGACGAACAUUUACUGCCAACUGACUCUAACCUUUGUUGUGGGAAAACCAAUGCCAAUACUUAAAUUAAAAUACGAUUUAAAGUUAUUUACGACAGUUGAAACUAAAAUGUAUUUAUAUUCUUAAGAGAGUGUAGUGUUAUGUGUAAUUUAAAGCCUUGCAUUUAGUUUAACAUUAUUACUUUCUUAGUCCUAUCAACAGUCAACUGUUUUUUAUUUUGCAUAUGGACAAUCUUUUUCUUCUUCUGUGUAGCUUACAGUAGCCCUUACUAUCUUUCAUUUUUGUUUCUUUUUUUUUUUUUUUAAUGUAAUUUUUUUAUUUUUUUUUUUUUUUUAUAUGUAUAAUUUUUUUUUUUUUCUGUUUAGUUUAUAGUUGUCCUUUCUUUUUUUUAUUUUUUUUUUUUUUUUUUUUUUGUAAAGUAAUUUUUUAAUUUUUAACAUUCCAGUUGAUUUGAUUACAUCUUCUCAUAAAAAAAAUACAACUUAUUUUUACAUUUUUUUUAAACUGCUUUACCAAAGUUAUUCAAUUAGUUUGCCCUUAACCCAAACCCUGAAUUUAAAAAAAAAUAUAUAUAAAAUUUCUGUCUGAGACUACCUGCAUUAAAUUGAAAACUUUCAAAAGCUAAUUUCCUGCUCAUUGAUUGAGAAACCAUCGAAGAAAGUUACAAGAUAUCAGUUUGCUGCUAUUUAUUGUAUAUUUAUUACAUUAUAAUUUAUCACUUGUUACAUCUUUGAAAUGCUUGCUGGUCAGAGAGUAUGAGCAGAACAUAUUUAUUAUUAUGCUUUUAGUAUUAUGGCCCAUUUUACCCAUCAUCUUUAUCACACAUCACUUAAACGUCGGUUAUUGAACCCCAGUACCAUCUCUAUUUAUUGCUUCCAUCUAAUUUAUUGAAAUAAUUUACAUUUACCAAGCAUUUGUUAAAAGACUUAAUUUUUUAGUACAGCUUUUUUUUAAAUUGAAUUAUAUGUCUAGUCAGUCAGCUCAUGUAAUUCAUUCCUUCCAAACAAUUUGUUGAAAAUAAAAAGGAUUUCACUGGUUGUAGUUUAAGAGCUACUAGGGGGCUAGAUGUCAAUCCAAUGAUGGUGAUAAUGUAGUAAACCAUUAGUUCAGUUGGCCUUCUGUUUGCAUAGUCAGUGCUGGAAAUGGGAAAGUGAAGUUAUUAUAUUAUUAGUUAAUUUUUUUUUGGUGUGGGGGGGGGGGUAGGAAAGAAAAUGUAUUAUUUAGGUGGGGGGUUGUAUGACUACCACGUCAUGUGAUUGAACAACAGUAAGAUAUUGGCAGCACAUUUGUUGUUGGUUUUUUGUUCUUAAACUCUUGUUAAAAGCGUGAUUGUGUCGGGUUGAGGGGAAGGGGGGGGGGGGGUGGGCUUCUGUGUGUUCAGCCCACCCCACACCCCCCUUUGUGUAGAUACUGUAUUAUAAGCCCAGAGAUGUGCUAUUUAUGAUUGUAUUUAUUGGUGAACAUGUAUUUAACUGAAUGAUUAUUUUAUUUUAUUUUUAAUGAUGGAACAUUUUGUCAGGAAGUGUACUGUCCACGUGUCUUAAAUUAAGAUAUGUUGACUAUUUUGUUAUUAUUUAUAUCCGAAAUGUGAACGGAAUUUAAUUUUUGAUUGGGGCAGUUAUUACUGUUUCCUGGUAUUGACUUGUGAACAUUUCAGUUCCUCUUGGUAAACGCGGAAGAUGACAAUUGAAAUGGAUAAUUUCACGCGGCACAACAAUAAGGGUGUUACGGUACAUGACCUACUUAGCGCAGCCGUGUAUUCUCCCUGCCUGGUAAUUUUCCGCCACGCCGUUAUGUUCUGUCAAGGUCGUGUCGUGUCACGAUCGAUAAGGUCAGCCCACGGUCAUUCCCCAUUGGCUGAGCCAGAAGCGAAGCGCGCGCAGCCCGCCAACUCCCUGGCAGACGGCCAGCACUAAUGGCGAUGGUUUCAUCACCAGCCGCCACGUCUCAGUGCCUGAAUAAGGCUUGUAGUUUGUGGGCUGCAACAUGAAGAGGUGGGGUUGAGGGGGGGGGGGGGUAGCAUUGGCGAAAGACACCCUUCCAGCUUCAGCAUUGCGAUACCCUGAAGUAGCUCGGCCUGGAAUCUGGUGAAACGGCCAGCACUAAUGGCGAUGGUUGCAUCACCAGCCGGCACGUCUCAGUGCCUGAAUAAGGCUUGUAGUUUGUGGGCUGGAACAUGGAGGGGGGGGGUUGAGGGGGGGGGGGUAGCAUUGGCGAAAGACACCCUUCCAGCUUCAGCAUUGCGAUACCAUGAAGUAGCUCGGCCUGGAAUCUGGUGAGAUGUGAGUCAGUCAGUGCUGAAGUUAGUGGCUUAGAGUAGAUUGUUAGCAUUUGUCAGUUGAUGAUAUACACUGUUAAUAUUUUGUCAGUUUAUAUUAUAAUACACCAAUGAACCUCGGAUUAUUUAUGAAGGAAUAAAUGAAUAAUUUAUUGUAAGAAUGUCCACUACAAUAAUCAUAAUUGUAGUUUUUUUUUGUUUUUUUUAAAGAAGUAUACAUGUAUUUAAGUAUUUAUUUAAAAAAAUAUAUAAUUUAUGCUAAAGAAAGCAACUGAGCAAUGCAAAGACUUGUACAAAAAUGAAUAUUUCUGUUCCCUUGAUUUAUUUGUUGGUGUUGACAAAUGAGAUAUGAAUUAAAAUUUAUAAAAUCUAACAAUACUUUUUCUGU